AUGUCUAACCGGCUGGAACUGUUGAAGAAGGGUGCCAGGAAGGAGGAGAGGCAGAUCCAGCGUCUGAGGAGGAAGCAGACCGGUCAUGGAAACGCUACAGGGAGUUUGGGGAAGAGAUCCCUUGUGCCGGGAUGGGAGGAACAACUACGAGCACCGACAUCACGACGACUUUCAACCAUAGCAUUUACGACGCGCCGCGGAUCGAGGGCAGGAAGAGUAUCGCCUUCGUCAUCACAAGGAGGAUCAAGGAGAGGCAGUCUGACGCCACGUCCACCACCAGAAUCCAAAACCGAGGAAGAUCAGCAAUGGGAAGACGUACCUUUGGAGAAGUUCGAACACGAGCUCGAUCUUUCACUCCAGCCACCUACGAAGCCUCCAACACCACCACAAGAGGAGCAACCCAAGCCCAAGCCAGCAGCGGUUUUCCCACUUCCAGCAUCGACCUUCCAUGUUAUCAGUAGUAGCGCUACCCCAUCGCCAAGGCCGAAGUCAAAGUCUCCGGAGUCAGCGCCUACCAUCUUGCCAGCUUUCAAGCCUUCGCCGCAGAUUCAGCGUGCAAGAGAGCCAUCAACAGUGCAGAAUACGAUGCGCUUCAGAACCGGAAGUUCGGCUGGUCUUCAACCUUGGGACCGCGAGCAGCAAGAUUCAUAUUGGACUUCUGGUCUCGGAAACAUUGGUUCAAGUCUGAAGAGCUUCUGGAACCGCAAUGGAGCAGCGAAUGGAGCGACAUCUGCGGCGGAAGAACCUACAACUACUUUGAAACCUAUUCCCGCUCCCGUGCCAGCCGAGUCAUUGGUACAGACUAGGGUGGAGGCAAUCGAGAAGAAGAGGCUCCAACAAGGAAACGAGGCCUGGAGAAACAAGUUGAUGAACGCACCAUCGGACAUCCUGAGCGUGCCAAAGAGGCAACCAGGCCACGCCCGUACUGCUUCCAUGCAAAGUGCCAGUGCCGGUUACAAGGAUUUGGAUACCGGAGCAACCAACAUGAGGAGAAGCAUUUCGAUGCAUCUCCCCGGUACAACGCCGGAACAAAGAGAAAUUCUUACAGCACCAGCAGACCCAUCGCCUAAGGAGAUGGUGAACGGAAGACGGCCAAGUUCGCCUCCGCCAACGAUUCACAGCAAAACGACCCCACCGGGACCCCCGGCUGCCGGUGUUGAUCAGGAGAUUGAGGAAGUGCCUUUGGUCUCUCCUUUGCCUACUGCACGGAACUUCUCGCGUCCGACAUCCGAGACGAGCCCUCCUCCAGCUCAAAGGACUUACUCAUUGUCUGAGGAGGAAGAUGAAGUUUUGCCUACCCAGCAGGCCCCUAUUGAGGAGCAACCUUCCCCAGAGCCAGUCAUUCAAACCGCCAAGCUCUCAGAGCCGUCUCGUCAGAGUUUCGGUCUCUCAAGUACUUUGGGCACGAGUCACCACCCACAGUACAUCGACCCCGUCACCGCUCGCCAGAUGUCCUUUGCUCGUGCACCUUCCGUGGUGCACGCUCCGAUUUUUGGUGCUUUGAAACGUUUUAAGCAGCAGGAUGCGAGGAAGAACAGUAUCUUUGGGUUUCCUGAGCCGCCUCAAUCGGAAGAGAUGCCGGCGUUGAAUGAGGAAGUUCAGGAACCUCUGCCGACGACACAGUUUGAGUCUCCGGGACUGAGGCCAUUGAGCCUCACCAUUCCUUCUCACCACCAGUCAUUUUCCGACGAUGACGACUUGAGUCCAGGUUCCAUGUCUCCUCGGGCUUUGACACCUCCACAUGUCAGUCCCUUGGUACAACAGCCGGCUACCGUCGCUCAGCGACAGGACUCAAAGACUCCCAGCCCGCCUAGUCGCACGCCUAGCCUUUCGCCUACACCAAAGGGCGCGAUCCAGCGUCAGCCAAGCUCUAUCUACCCUGUUAGUGAGGAGGACUACAGCAUGGAUGCGGACAGCUAUAACCUCCCUCCCGAGGUUUCCGCGAUCCUGAGUGGGCAGGUGUCGGAUUCUUUUGGUACGUUGGAUGUUGACAGGAUGAUUGCGCAGUUCCGUCAGACUACGGUCAAUGAGGGAAAGAGCCCGUCACUUGCUCCGGUGAAGAUGAUGGUUAAGAGUCCGAGUGGCAAUGUCUUUGUGGACCCGUUCACAUAUGUUGGCGAGACGCAGCAGCAGGAAUUUCUGCCGGGACCGCCAAGAAGCUACAGUAUCGUGAGCCCUAUUACCGUGCAGGCACCUGUGCAACUCCCAGUUACGCCGAUCAACAAGCGCAUCGGAUCCCUUGUCGCUGACGACUCCGGUUAUGGUGGCGAUGUUUCCCCGAGGGGAAGCAUGAGCUUGCAGGGUACCCAAGGUGCAUCGCCGAUUCAGCAGCCCCAGUACCGCUUGCCUUCUGUUGCCGAGGAGGACGUGUUCAUACCUCCGAACAACAGGAUUCACCGUCUGACUAGCUUGGUCGAUGAUGAUGAGUAUGAGCUUCACAGAUCAACUUCGAACAAGAGAUUUGGGCAAUCAGCGCCGGCACCUGCAGCAGAACAGCAGCAACCACCACAGACACCUCAGGAAUCUCUGAACAGGCAGCCGAGCAUCACAAGCGAGUACUCUACGUACUCUCCUAGCGCUACCCCGAAGCCUCGUCCUAUGUCGGACUAUUCACCUGCUCCUGCUUCCGUGGUUGCUGCCGGAUAUCAACAGUACCUCGACUCACCUGCGACGUACUACGACAAGACCCCGAGUCAAUUCGGUUCAGCUUCGUUCAACGGCGGCUCAUACAGCAACACGGCCUACAAUGGCACUAGUUCAUCGAUGGGUAACCCCAGCACCGCCGCACCCAGCAUCCAUGGCCAGCACUUCGAGAAUGGUUUUACAUUCCAGACACCAUCAUGUACGCCUUCGCGUACGUCACAGUCGUCCCGCGCCACAUUCGCAAAGGGUCAACGUCCGUUCAGCUAUCACAGCGGGGCCUCCUCUGCGGUCUUCGACGAGGGAUACCAUAGGGGUUACGAGGCCGCCAAGAGAGCAAUGCUCCAGCGUCUCGUGGUUCCUGAGGGUAAUGAGUGGAUGGAUGAGGGUGGACCGGAUCCUUUGCAGAGUCUGUACGAUGGUGCUUCGACUAUCUUGGCUCCUGUUUCGCAGAUACGUCGUUCGAGUUCUUUGUACUCUACGCAGCGUGGUAUGGUGCCGGAGGCCAAGCAAUAUUUGGUUCUUAAUCCAGGCAGCAGCUAUGCUCCCUCCGCCGUAGGCUCGCUCUACGCUCCUGAAUCUUUGCGGCCGUACAGUCCGAUGUACGGGAAGGGUUCCAUCUCUGGCGCAACUCCGUAUAUGCAUGCCGGAUUGGCGCGAGCUUCUCAGGAAUACAUCCGUCGAGCAUCGCGUUCGCGUGGCCGCAGCUCUCAGCGUAGGACGAGCACACCUCACGACCAACCCAUGGCUGCCUACAAUGGCCAAGCAAGACGCUCUGGCGCACCUGAUGAGAUGCCGCAACAGCGUUACAACCCGAUUGCGUUGCAGAAUGCACAGGUGGCUACCGAGCAGUAUCAAAACCAGCAAACCCAGGAAGGGGAGAUGGAGAAGGGGAAGAAGAAGGGGCUUAUGAGUCGCCUGAAGUUGAAGAUUAAUAACAAAAGGUUGAGGACGCAGCAGGCGAUUGUGUCGACGGCGAAGGCUGCGGGAGCGAAUUGCAGGUCUGUGUAG